AUGCCAUAUCGGAUACGUAAGACAGCUGAAUCUGGGUCUUCACAACCAGUCGUCAUUCCAGAUUCUAUUCUUACAAAGUUGUAUGAAAACAGUGCUUCUCUAUGCUCAUAUCAGAAAUACAUCCACGAAUUACUUCGCCUCCCAAAAAGAAGAGGAAGCAUUCUAAUCAUGCAUCCAACAAAUUUAGAGGAACCAACAUCUCUCCCUAAAUCUGGUACAACCUCUAAGUCAUUCUCUUUCAUAGAUUCUGUAUUUCACGCACCAUCUAAUUAUCAUAAACCAUCUUCUUCAGCUCCAAUUUCACUAGCACACGUUCAGUCGGUUCUAGAAUGUCCAAACCAUCAUGUUUCCUUGGAUUAUGACUCACUUGAGGAUGAUAACCAAGAUGAUGAUAAGAAAUCCGAACCAAAAAAUUUUCCUCAAGAUUAUCCAGUACAAGAUAAUCCCGAUGACGAUACUCCAAUGCGGACGGUCGAUAUCCCUUCCAGUGAAGGACUGAUAGUCAAUGAUGAGACCAAUGACAUGUCUAUUGUUCUUUAA